UGUGGCAUGUGAACAUCCUCAACAUCUAAACAGCUCUGCCCGCCUACCUAACUCCAUCUUUGGGUGGAAACUAGGAAUGCAUUGCCAGGGUUCUGGGUCAUCUCUAUUUCAAUUCAUUAAAUUGCACCAGGGCCUUGUGAAUCCACCGUAGCAAACUGACCACAGCUGAUGGCACACUUCUUCUCCAUUUUGAAUUGCUGUGGUGGAAAGAACUGUAACGGUGCUGACCCGAGUUUUAGCUUCAAGGGUAUCCCCCUCCACUGAUCCGAAGCGGUGCAGUAACUGCCCAGCCUGCUGUCUCUCAUCCAUCCUGGGUGGUAGAGAGGUCAAGAGUUUCGAUCCUGAGGAAAUGGUGCUGUUGAGAUGACCUGGGUGACCUCACUUUCCUCCCGAGAUCAUUCUCCAAUCAAAAGACUGCAGCAAAAUCUAGUCGGCACAUGGUUGGCAGGUUCGCAUGAUGGACAGGUGAUGGAGUCUUCCAUCAUCUUUCUGCACUAGUGACUCGGCCUGCCAAAUCUCCUUCUGAGGCAUCAGUGUGUACCAGUGGUCCGAGGCCCCCCAUUUCUUUGCCAUGGUGACAUAAGAAGCGCUGCAAUAUGAGGGAGAGCCAACGUGAGACCGUCUCAUUUCUUUCUCCAGUAGCUGCUGCAGCUGGUACCUUAACGCCAUUUGUAUUUCGCUCCAUAGCAAGACUCGCUUUGUUGUGAAUAAUCGCUGCUCGCUGUUUUUGACGCACACCAAGAGAGACUGCCCCCAAGGCGUGUUGCUGGGCCGGUGUGGGGGCGAGACGAUGCUGGGAUGUGUGACACGCCUCCGUCGGCUGGUCCGUCUCCUCCCCCUGCAGACCUCCCUCCUCCUCCUCUUCCUCUUCUGCACCGUCAGCGUCUGCAUCUCUGCCUACUUCCUCUAUGGCGUCAAGCGAGAGCUGGAGCCAUCGGGAGGGGGCGUGUCUGGAGCCGAAGGUGCGUCCGCCGACUCCGAUGACCCGAGGGUCACGCCGUCCAGACUGCUGCCUCUCCAGGGCAUUUCCGGGGGCCCCGGGGUGGAUCCCGGAGGGGCCAGGACAGAUCCUGUGGUUCUGGUGUUUGUGGAAAGCCAGUAUUCUCAACUGGGUCAGGAGAUUGUGGCCAUUCUGGAGUCCGGCCGGUUCAGGUACCGGACUGAGAUCUCUCCCGGUAAAGGGGACAUGCCCACGUUGACAGACAAAGAGCGAGGCCGUUUCACACUGGUGAUUUAUGAGAACAUCCUCAAGUAUGUCAACUUGGACGCCUGGAACCGAGAGCUGCUGGACAAAUACUGCGUGGAAUAUGGAGUGGGCAUCAUUGGCUUCUUCAAGGCCAAUGAAAACAGUCUGCUCAGUGCACAGCUGAAAGGCUUCCCCCUCUUUCUGCACUCUAACUUGGGUCUGAAGGACUGCACGGUCAACCCCAAGUCCCCUCUGCUCUUUAUAACUCGAUCGGGGCAGCCCCUGCCAGGUCCUCUCCCGGGGGACGACUGGACCGUUUUCCAGUCCAACCACUCAACAUACGAGCCCGUGCUGCUGGCCAAGACCCAAUCGGCCGAGAGCAUUGCGUCGAUGGGGCAGAACGCCGCCCUGCUCCCAUCUGUGGUGCAGGACCUGGGGCUCCACGAUGGCAUCCAGAGGGUCCUGUUCGGUAACAACUUGGUCUUCUGGCUGCACAAGCUGGUGUUUGUGGAUGCUGUUGCUUUUCUGACAGGGAAGCGCCUCUCGCUGUCCCUGGAGCGCUACAUGCUGGUGGACAUAGAUGACAUCUUUGUGGGCAAAGAGGGCACGCGCAUGAAGGUGCCUGAUGUAAAGGCCCUGCUGGAGACACAGAGGGAGCUGCGCACCCAUGUGCCCAACUUCACCUUCAAUCUGGGCUUCUCAGGGAAAUUCUUUCACGCUGGCUCUGAUGAGGAGGACCUGGGAGACGACCUGCUGCUUUCCUACGUGAAGGAGUUUUGGUGGUUUCCUCACAUGUGGAGCCACAUGCAGCCACAUCUAUUCCACAACCAGUCGGUGUUGGCUGAGCAGAUGUUGCUCAACAAGAAAUUUGCUAUGGAACACGGGAUCCCCACUAACAUGGGCUACGCGGUAGCGCCACACCACUCAGGCGUCUACCCUGUCCACAUUCAGCUGUACGAUGCCUGGAAGAAGGUGUGGGGCAUCAAAGUGACGAGCACAGAGGAGUACCCGCACCUGAAGCCUGCUCGCUUCCGGCGAGGUUUCAUCCACAGCGGCAUUAGUGUGCUGCCCAGGCAGACAUGCGGCCUUUUCACACACACUAUCUUCUACAAAGACUACCCAAGCAGUCCCAAUGAACUAGACAAACUCAUCAACGGAGGAGAACUCUUCCAAACCGUUCUGCUGAACCCAAUCAGUAUCUUCAUGACCCAUCUGUCCAACUAUGGGAACGAUCGCCUCGGCCUGUACACCUUUAAAAGCCUGGUGAUGUUCGUGCAGACGUGGACCAAUUUAAAGAUGCAGACGCUGCCGCCUAUUCAACUGGCUCAGAAGUACUUCAGCCUGUUCCCCUCUGAGAGGGACCCCCUCUGGCAGGAUCCCUGCGAGGACAAAAGGCACAAGGACAUCUGGUCCAAAGAGAAAACAUGUGACCGCUUCCCCAAACUGCUCGUCAUCGGCCCUCAAAAGACAGGCACAACAGCACUCUACCUGUUUCUUGGCAUGCACCCCGACCUGACCAGUAACUACCCCAGCAAGGAGACCUUUGAGGAGAUCCAGUUCUUCAAUGGACACAACUACCACAGAGGCAUCGACUGGUACAUGGAGUACUUCCCUCUGCCCUCCAACACCAGUUCAGACUACUACUUUGAGAAGAGCGCCAACUACUUUGACUCUGAAGUGGCCGCUGAGCGAGCCGCAGCUCUCCUGCCCAAAGCUAAGAUCGUCACCAUCCUCAUCAACCCUGCAGACCGAGCUUACUCUUGGUACCAGCACCAAAGAGCCCAUGAUGAUCAGGUGGCGUUGAAAUACUCUUUCCACGACGUCAUCACUGCAGGCCACGACGCUCCACUCAAACUACGGGUCCUCCAGAAUCGCUGUCUGUUGCCAGGCUGGUACGCCAUCCACCUGGACCGCUGGCUCAGCCACUACCACUCCAGCCAGCUGUUGGUCUUAGAUGGACAGAUGCUGAAGACGGAGCCCGCCUCAAUCAUGGAUAAAAUCCAGAAGUUUUUAAGCCUCACCAACAUCAUCAACUACCACAAGAUCCUAGCGUUCGAUCCUAAGAAAGGUUUCUGGUGUCAGUUGCUGGAGGGAGGGAAGACCAAGUGUCUGGGGAAGAGUAAAGGGCGCAGGUACCCUGACAUGGACGCUGAGUCCCAGGGGUUCCUCAGGGAAUACUAUAGGGAUCACAACAUUGAGCUGUCAAAGCUGCUCUACAGGAUGGGCCAGCCGCUGCCCAGCUGGCUCAGAGAGGAGCUGGUCCACACCAGGUAGCAGGCCCUCGUAAUGGGCAGCCCUACAGCUCAACACACUGAACCACUGCUUCUCCCUGCUGACGGACACAGGCCAGGCGGUCCUGAACUGUUGAAGAAUCCAAACAGUUUCGAAAGAAAUGGAAAUAAUUCGAGAGUUGAGGAUUGGACUCCACACGAGAACUCAACACUUCUACUGUGAUCUUCCCAAAUGAACUAGCAAACAGUGGAGGGCGAGAUGGAGGAGAGCACGGCUGCGUUCAGCGGCUGACAGCUCCCGCCUCGAGACACCAUUGGUACCCGAGGGUGACGCUGGCGGCCUCCACUGUGUCCUGAAGGAGGAGGGACCUUCAGUGUUUGAUAAUCACUUCCCUGCUCUUCUUUCUUCGCAUGAACUUCCUCCGGAAAAUCAGAGGGUGGGAAUCAAAAUGUCGGAAGCUUGAGCAGUCGGGAGACGUCCGCUCUGGAAAGACAGGGCGACGAACGAGAACCGCCGCUGUCUCCGGCUAUGAGUUGCGUUGUUUGGAGCUCAUGAGAACACGCUACGUAACAGUGACUAAAUAUGAGAGCCUGGUUUACUAGAGAGACAUUGGUUGCAAAUGCCUUUGAUAUAUAUGUUUUUAUGAGCGGAGAAUGGGAGAUCUGGCGUCUUGACUCAGGCUGCAUGUUGUAGCCUUACUCGAUAGGCCUUGGUAGAAUCUAGUUAUCACACUUACAAGUGCCAGGACAGAGUCUUUAUUUAACUAUUAUGACAUGGACGUCUGAGGGGUUGGUUUUACAUUUUUUAGACGUUUUCCUUUUUUUUUUUCUUUUCUCUGAUUUAAUUUGAAAGUUUCUGUAAUUCUGACAGCAAUGCGUUAUUGUAGAAUGUACCACAACUAAACAUCUUAGCUCAGUCUUCUCCCUAUAGGCCACAUGUACUGUACAGUUAGUUCAACUGUUCACCUCAGCCGCCUCUUAUGUCACUUCCAACUGAGUUGGCCGAAGCCGGAGCAGCAGGAUGGACGUCGAAAGCACAAUAUUUAAGUGAACAUUGACUCUGAGCGUAUACAGGUUACGGGAAAGCACACUCACUAACAGAACCGGCUUCUACUAUAAUCUGUGAAGAAGAUCAUAAGCUAGCUACUGUAUGUUUAAUCCAAGCACUCUGGGUCAACAGAUCCAGACAGUGUACAGAACAAGACUGCUUCUCAAAAUCCCUUUGCAGCAUGUUUUUUUUUUAAAUUGUAUAUUUUGUCUUAUAUUUUAUUUCAUUUCUUCUUCUUUUUUUGAGAGGGGGGGGGGGCUGUCUCUGGGAAAAACAUGUAAAGUUGCCAGGCAAACCGACAAUGUCCCCGUUUGGAUGUUAGGUUGUCGGUCAAGUUGUUACCACUGCAACUAGAUGUCAAGCAUAGAUAACAAGAAGCUGCUCUUACUGCAAUAGUUUUGUACAAUGUCCUGAUGUGAUAACAAAUGCACAUGUCGGUCCUUUUUAUUUCCUGACUUUGUAAUGUACAUAUUACGCAAACCCCCCCCUGGGUAGACCUAAAUUAUUGAAUGUGUUUGGGUUUAUGCUCUCCAUUGGCCCAUUCCUCUAGUGUGAAACGUCAGUGCUGUGCUGAGGGGAGUCUGGAUCAUUUCAUGUGUCGCUAAGAUUGUUUCCUCUCAUGUCCUCUCACUGCCAACUAUUGUACAGAGGUACUGAGUCUCUCCAUAUAAAGUAUUAAGUGAUAACACAUAACAGCAAUGAUGGUACUAAUCUCCUGGACUGUAUGAUAAAGAUUUGUAAUUGUUGUCAAUAAUUUUUACAGUGUAACUAAUAUUGUCGGUGCUUUUUAAUUUGCAAAUAAAACACCACUGUAUUUUUCA